AUGGGUCCCUCGCGAGUCUCGCUGAAGCGCACGCUUCUCCUGUCCACAUUCGCAGCCGUCUCGCUUUUCUCCGCAACAGGUCUGGCUCAGGAUACCACUACGGGAGGAAACGCAGCGACAACGACGCAAGCCGCAGCAACAACAGCAACCACAGAAGCGAGCAAAACCUCAAACGCCGCCGCGGUCAUCACCAACACCGGCACUGUUGAGACGACUGCUGAGAGCUUCUCUGCCCCCAGGAUCACCGGCACUGCGACGUCGGCAUCAGGAGAUGACGCGACGGAUUUCCCAUCCCUCACCAACCAACCCCUCACCACGACUUACCCUCCUCCGACUGUCCCACCUACGAACAACGCCCCGUUCAUGCACCGUUCGAGCGCUCCUCAGGGAACCGUCUUCAUCGCCGUUGGUGCCAUCCUAGGUGCUUUCGGUCUCGGUAUCCUCAUCUGGCGCGGCAUUGUCGCCUGCCUUUUGCACCGCUCCGUCGCUCGUGCUGCCAACGCUCAACAUAUCGCGAACGACAAGGCCAGCUUCCCCGCUCCUCCCGCGCAGUUCUAUAAGUACACGGAUCAAGAGUCUACGCCGUCUUUGAAUGCGAACGGGCGCGGCGUGCGUAGAACGCAGCGCGGCCCCAUUCCCUCUGCCACGCCUAGCCAGUCCAACCUUUUCUUCUCGCCCACGGCAGCUGGCGGCGGAAACAACCGUGACAGCGUCCGCGUCCGUGAUUCAACCUUCCUCCCCUCUGGCUUCUACGCUGCUGGCACAUCUUCGCCCGGCCACGCUCACAGCCAGUCAAUAAGCUUGACGAACUUGCGCCCUGACUCCCGCGGCGGAUAUGGAAACACUUCUCGCAACACGAUGAGAGAAUCUACGCCCCCUGAGUCUCCUUCUUUCGCCGCGAGACGAGACUUCAGCACCAGCUCCGUCAACUUGGCCGCAGCUCCCGGCAACGGCCAACGAGCACCCAGCGCAUACCUCGAGGACCUGCUGGACGAGAACCCCAACGCUUUCCCGCCCAGCGCGCAUCGGAACAACAACAACAGCGGUCGGUUGUUUUGA